AUCUUCUAGCAGGAUAUCACCAAUAAUGGCGUCCAAAAUCGUAGUGCUCGGUGACGUUAAUGGCCGGUUUACUGAGGUCUUUGCAAGACUUGCCUCAUUGCACGCGAAGCAAGGUUUCGCGUUUGCGAUCAUUGCCGGUAAACUGUUCGGCGAAGAUGACAGUAAUGAGCUCGACAAGCUGCUGAGUGCGGAGCUCCCCGUGCCGCUCCCUAUCUACACAAUUCCUGGCCACCAUCAUAUACCGGAAAAAGCUAGAGCGUUCUACGAGACUGGAGAACUUUGUCCCAAUCUUAGCGUCAUCACAAAGACGCUGAAGACAUCUGAUGGGUUCCGGAUUGCUACCACACAGUCUUCAAUUGGUGGAGAUGCCGACAUCCUGGUCACGGACGACUGGCCUGCUGGGGUUCAAGACGGUGCUAGUGCUCAGUAUGUCGGUUCUACCCCUCCACCUCAAGGCGUACGAUCCGUCUCGGAUCUGUGCACUGCCUUGAAGCCGCGGUAUCACUUUGCCACAUCAGAAGCCUACUACGAGCGGGAGCCUUUCUUUCACAACGGUCCCGCACCCCACUCUGUGACUCGUUUCAUCAGUUUGGCACCUUUCGGAAAUGCUUUCAAGCACAAAUGGAUAUAUGCGUUCAAUCUAGAGCCUUCAGCGCCGCCUCCAACCGCCAUACCACCUGGUUGCACAGCUUCGCCGCUCACUGCUCCCAAGAAGCGCAAGGCUGAGGCCCAUGAUACUAACGUGAACAACUUCCGGUUUGCGAACGGCAACGGCAAUGCUCACCACGACUCGGAGUACGGUUCUCGAAAGCGCGGAAAAUGGCAGCCGCCACCGAAGCCGGACCAGUGCUACUUUUGUUUGUCGAAUCCGGCUUGCGAGACUCACAUGAUAGGAUCGAUCGGCAAUGACGUGUAUUUGACAAUUGCGAAAGGGCCACUCACCACGCGGACAACUUUUCCGGAGCUGGGAUUCCCGGGUCACAUGCUACUGAUUCCGCUGCAGCACGCCCCUACGACAUCGGCAAUACCUGACGACGAGACUCGGCGAGCGACCAUGAACGAGAUGCAGCGCUAUCGUGGAGCCUUACAGAACAUGCUAGUGGAGUGCAGUAAAGGCGAAGACGGUCAGUCAAAGCUGGGUGCAGUGACGUGGGAAAUCAGCCGUGGCAGUGGGGUUCAUCUGCAUUGGCAGUUUCUGCCUAUGCCGGCGGACAUGAUUCAGCGCGGGCUGGUGGAGGCAGGCUUCGACGUUGAGGCGGAGAAUCUAUCGUAUCCGAAGUUUGCGAAAAGCUUCAAGGAAAUGGAGAAGGUGGAGGAGGGCAAUGACUUCUUCAAGGUAAUGAUCUGGUCGGAGACACUGCGGAAGGAGAUGGUCAUGCCGCUCGACAAGAGCUUCAGGUUUGACUUGCAGUUCGGCAGGAGGGUGCUUGGCAAGCUUCUAGGGCUCGAACAGCGGACACAUUGGCGAAAAUGUGAGCAGACGAAAGUCGAAGAAGAAGCUGAUGCGGAGACCUUCAAGACAGCGUUCAAGGCGUUUGACUUCUCGCUUGAGGACUGA